UACAGCUUGUCCUCUCGUCUGUCUGCCUGCCUCUUCUCCCGCCGCCCUCCUCUCACAGCCGCACACUCACUCAACGCACGCAUAAAAUCACUUCAGGCCCUCCCGCGCCGCGCUCACUCACGCACGCACUCAGGUGUACUAUGUCAGAGGGCGUACUAACUUUGCCGGACUGAAGAAGAAAUUGCUGAGGAGUUGAAGUGAGUGCGUGUGUGUGUACGUGAGUGUUGUGUGUGUUUGUGUGCGUGCGUGUGUCUUGCAGCCCGCGUGUCAACUCCUGGCUCUGUUCGACUGCUGACGGCGUGAAGUGAUCGGGCAGCAGCAACACCACCACCACCACCACCACUACCACCACCACCACCAUGACCCUGGGAGGAGGCUGCCGGCUGCUGCUGGUGACUCUUGUGCUCUCUCAGGCCCUGGCGCUGCCCCACCCUCAUCCCCCUGACGCACUGGGCCUGGACGAUGACUUGACAGAAGGUGGACGAGAUCUGGACGUGUUCCUUAGGCAGACGAGAAAGCACGCACGCCCCAUGUUCUACAUCAACUGCGGCUACCGAGACUUGUGUUACUGCUACAGCAAGAUCACCCGCCACCACUACUGCUGCUCCUGUGACGUGGGCGCUUGCUUCCCCGCCCACGCCCGCGCAGCCACGCCCGCAGGCACCUCCACGCCCAUGCACCACCUUAGGACCGGCGACCAGGUGUUGGCAGUGGACAGCGCGGGAUCGGUGGUUGCAAGCCGAGUGUUGGGGUUCCUGGACAGGCGGCCGCGAGAAACAGCCUUCUACAUCACGUUGCGCACUGCCCGAGGCCACAACCUCACCCUGUCCCCCAACCAUGUGCUCUUUCGCGCAGCCCCCAACGCCUCUCAGCCCGUCAGCGUAUUCGGCGGGGACGUCAGCGUGGGGGAUGUGAUCUUCUCGGCUAACCAGACAGGCGUUGAGCCCACAGAAGUUGUCGCCAUUGAACACGAUGUCAUGCAAGGAGCUUACGUGCCCCUGACCAAAGAGGGAACGCUGGUGGUGGACGGAACCUUCGUUUCCUGCUACGCCUCCUACAGACAUUCCCUGGCCCACAAGUUCCUGGCGCCUGCUCGAGUACUCCCGUCCCUACUGCGCCUUCGCCCGGGUUACUUGACGCGGAUUGUGACAUCAGCCCAGCAAGUGGUGUGGGAGGUCUUGCAGAGCAUCUUGGGGCAUGAGGAAGGCGUGGUAGGACAGGAUGUGCUGCUACAGGAGGAAGGAGAGGAGGAGGAAGAGGAAGGGGAAGGAGAGGCGUUCCUGGUGAGUGUCGUGAAGCAGAUAGGUCGUCUCUGGUAUUCCUCUGAGCAGGCCACACCCUUCGUGAUGCAGGUCAGGUCCUCAGCGCCUCAGGACGGCCUCUUCCAGAUGCUAUGGCUUCCUGUGCCCAUCCCCCGCGUGGCAUCCUCCCUCAUGGGGCUCCUCACGCGGACAUGGUAACGCCCUCGCUAGCACCCUGGCCCCUCAUUCACCCGUACCCUGCCCCUCCAUACCCCAGGCUCACCCUUGAGGGGCAAAAUGUCGUGACUGUCACCUCGGCGUCACGAAGAGACGCUCUCUCCAGAAAAAGAGGCACUACUGAGGGAAGAUGAAACGAUGCGCUCAGGCUACAUAGCACAGGCCUUGCCCUCAGCGCCCUCUGCACGAGUCCUUGAUGUGAAAAGUCAAGAGACACAUCAACUCAUACAUAACGUGUCAGUACAAUACAUAUUCAACUAAUGCAUCAAUUCACGUAGGAUCAGUCAGUUAGUCGGUCACACACGCAAACACAAAGACAAAUUAUGUCACAAACGCUCUCACACCUUACCUCCUUUUCCGGACUGACUCACAACCCGACAAGGAAGGGAAGGAUUCCGCUAGCUUUCAGGAACCCGCCAGCUAAGCGAUUGGUCAAAACGAAACUUCUACAAUGUAACCAACGUAAAUGCCACAGAGAAUUUCAGAAAGACGCCCUGUAUACGCUUACCGUGUCUCCCACCUCCUCCCCACAACACUUGUAUACCUCCUAGUUAUCAAUUAAAGGUAAAGUUCAAGUGCAUGAUACU